UGGAGCAGGAUCCCUACCCUCGAUAUACUUAGUUGGCACUCAUUCCCAUGGCCAAUGCUGAAGCAGCCGAACGAUCCUGAACAGUUGACGUACAUCGAGAUCCAGGCGUACGUCCUCUCGCCGCACCAGUCCGCGGACAGGACCCCGCGUGAGCGGAUCAAGGACUACUUGCGCAAGUGGCACCCCGAUCGUUUCGAGACGAAGUUGCUGCCGAAGGUCCGAGAGGACGACCGGGAGAAGGUGAAGGAGGGAGCUGGAGCUGUGGCACGCCACUUGAACAAACUGCUU